UUCGCACGUGCUGGAUCUGAACCGCUCGCAAAAAUCCAGAUGCAUCAUUCGAAGAUGAAUCCUAGGAUUAUGCGGAUGGGUCAUCGAAGAAUGAUUCUCCGUUUGAGUUUGUUGGUUUGAGGAGCAUGAAAAUCAAACAUACUCCUGUGAUGUUUCGUUGGAAUUCCGGGAGAAAUCAUACCUCAAAUCCAUGGAAAAUCCAUGGAGAUUUGAUUCCUUCCUGGAUCACGCCACCCCGGGGUGAUGUUGUCUUGCCUCAAUUUCGGGAAUCUAGGGAGUGUGUUGUGGAAAAAUGUAAGGUGGUGAUCAAGAAUAAUGAAAAAACUGAGGGGCUUUGGGGAAAAAAACCUGAAUCAGGUAUAUUGUGGACUGAACAGGCCGAAUCGGCUCAUUUAUCCUCUCCGCAAAACCCUAAAUCGCCUACUCACGGAUCUUCUCCUGCGUUCGCCCCAAAACCACAAAUCGAAAAAUUUGUUGGGCAUUUCUGGGGGAGAUCUCAGAGAUCUUAUGCUAGUGUGGUGAAAACUAAGAGAGCUCCGAUCGUUGCUGUGAAGAUGCAACCAAGGGGAGCUGGUCGGCGUGGAGCUGCGCGCGGUUAUGGUCGUGGUUCUGGUCGCGAUCAUGUCUGGAGGCGUAUCGAAGAUGGUGAUGUUCAGAAUCAAAGAGGUGGUCGCAGUAUUGAGGAGGUCAAUAUGGGAGAGGGGGGUGACACCUUGAAUCAAGGUAACCCGUCUCCCUGGGAAAGUCAAGCUGUCAGAUCUGAAGGAAAAAAUGAAGAUAGUUGGAAAAGAAAUCCCCAACCUAUGGGAGAAGAUGGUCCGAAAGAUUCGCAUAUGAAAAAAGAGGUAACUCGCAGUUUUAAUCUGGAUAGAUCUGGCUGUGCUUUUUGUCACUUCAAAAAUCAUCUUACUAAGGAUUGUCGACAUCGCUUUCCUUGUGACAUUUGUGGUUGUGAUGAUCAUAUUGUGUUUGAUUGCCAAAAAUGCUUGCCUUGGAAUUUUGGUUCGGAACUUUGUGCGACACAAGUUGAGGAUCAGAGUUUUUUCUAUAUUGAAGAAAAAGUGGAUACUAGGAUGAUUAAAGAAAAAUCCAGCACUGCUAUUAUCACUGUUGUUCAAGGGAAUGUUAGUGAAAAACAAAUUGAAUUGGAAUUCAUGAACAUGUUAGGCAAGAAUUUGUGGCGGUGGUCUGCUAGAUCUGUGGGAGACAAUAAGUUUGUUAUGAGAUUUCCAGAUCCUAAAAUGAUAGGGGAUCUUGGAUAUUUUAGACCUUUGGGCAUGAGAACAGCGAAAGCUCAGAUUACUAUUGAUCCUUGGACACCUGCUGUCAAUGCUAAAGGUUCCUUGCAAAAAGGAUGGUUCAGAAUCAGUGGCAUUCCUAUGGAACAAAGGUCUCUGGUGACAAUUGCUAAAGUUGGUGGGCUCGUGGGUAAGGUGAUUGAAAUUGAUGAAAGGACUAGACUUAGAAAUGAAUAUGUGAGAGCUAGAAUUGCUUGCAGGGAUGUCACGGCUGUUCCCGGUGUUGUGGAAAGCUCCCUUGGAUUGUUUUUAUAUGAUUUUUUCUUUGAAAGGGAAAUACACUCGGAAGAGGAUGAACAAUUUCUUGAGACUGGGAUUAGAGUUGAUGACUCUAACCAGAAAGCUGCAAAGAGAUCCAAGUAUGAGGGUAAAAUGCAGAAAGAUAAGAAAGUGGAUUAUGGGAAUAUGGAGGAUGGCAAUAUUAAACAGCAUGAUGAGUGUAGCAGAAAAUCUCAAAGUUAUACUUAUCAAAUGCAAGGGCUUGACAAGAAUGUAAGCAAAGAAAAAAAUGUUGGAACUGAAGAAGGUAAAACUGGUAAAUCUUAUUCCAGCUGUUCUGGUGAAGAGAAGAACAAAGUGCACAUAACUGAUAGUGAGGAGGAUGAUGACAGUGAUCUUCUGGGAGAAGAACUUAUGGCUAUGAAAAAUCGUGGAUCUGGAUCAAACAGUCUUACUAUGUGGAAUACUCAGUCUGACCCAGUUGACAACCUGAAUUCUAGGAAUAUAAAUCAUAUUAAAUCUUCUAAAUGCUCUGUCAUCCUUGAGGAACUUGAUACCAAUGAGAAAGGAGUUGAUAAUUCUGAAGAACUGUUUUCUGGUACUCAAGGCAGCUCGAUUGUGAAUGCUUCUCAAGAGGAAGGCGAUGAUCUUUCGGAUCAAAGAAAGAAAACUGAUGGCAUUAUUUAUCAUGAAGGUAAUCAGAAAGUUAUGCCUUCACCCAUCCCGGUGAGAAGGGUCAGUGAACGUCUUAAAAAGGAUAUGGGUAUUAAAAUUGAAGAGAAGAACAGAAGAAUGGCUGUGAAAAGGAAUCUGGAAGGUAACUCUUGUAUUCCCGAACCUAUUUUUUCAUGUUUAGCUUCUAAGGAAAUUAUUGAUAUUAGCAAGAAAAUGGGAGUUAAUAUAAAUGAGCAAAAUAUGGAAUCUAUUGAGUUACUCAAAGAAAUGGAAUUAGCUAGACAAUGUUUGGGUCAGAAAAAAAUUGAGAUUUUACAGAAAAAAAGAUGAGGAUAAUAUGGUUAAGCGAAAUGAUGAGUAUAUUGGGAGUCAAACCAAUGAAGAAUCUGAAACAGAUGACUUCAUUUUGGUUCAAUCCAGGAAGAAAAAAAGAGAAUACAGGAAAGGAAUUAAGAAAGGAUGCAAAGGCAAGGCACAAGAACAUCUUGGCCUCAAUAAAAAAAAUCAGAAACACUGGGAAAAUCCCAAAAAGUGUUGAUGAUAUUAACACAAAUAAAAACGGUUCAAAAUGAAAGGUCUCUUUUGGAAUUGUAGAGGCAUCAGGAAGAAAGGGGUUGCCCCCCUUAUGAGACACAUGAUUAGUCAAUAUAAAUUCCAGUUUAUUGGCCUUCAAGAAACUAUGAUCGAGGACUGUGAUGACUUUAUCACAAGAAAAUUAGAUCCCUCUGGUGAUUAUCUGUGGCUUUGGUCCCCUGCUAAAGGGAAAUCUGGAGGCAUUCUUGUGGGUUCUAGAAUUGAUGAUCUUGAUGUGGGAUCUUUUAAGAAGGGUAAUCACAUUCUCCAGGUGAAUUAUUGGGAUAAAGCAUUGCUGUGUAAAUGGAAUCUUAUGGUGAUUUAUGGUCCUGCUCAGGAGAAAUAUAAGAAUAUUUUUUUGAAAGAGCUUGAUGAGUUCUGUGAGAAUAGUAGAGAACCUUACAUCGUGGGAGGAGAUUUCAAUAUUAUUCGUUUCUCUUAUGAGAAGAAUAAAGAUCAAAUUUUACACAAGCACUCUGCUCCUUUUAACGAUUUGAUUUAUAAGCACAAUUUGGUGGAAAUUCAUAUGAUUUCUGGUGGAUUUACUUGGUCUAAUAACCAGGCAACACCCACUUUGGUUAAAUUGGAUAGGGUCCUAAUGAGUGGGAGUUGGGAAAAUAUCUUUCCUCUUGUUAAGGUUAAGAAACUUCCCAGAAAUAUCUCCGAUCAUAAUCCUCUUGUUGUUGAUUCUGGAAAUUUGAGUACAAAAAUGCAUUCCUCUUUUGUUUUUGAAAUUGGAUGGAUUAAUCAUCCAGAGUUUAAACAGAUCAUUGAAAGGAUUUGGAGUAAACCUUGCAGAGCUAAAAGUCCUUUGGAUAAGAUUCAACAAAAAAUGAAGCUGUGUAAACAGUACCUCAAAGGAUGGGAUUGGAAUCUCAAAGGUAUGAAAAAAAAGAGAAGGGAUCAGAUUGCCUCUGAGUUGAAAAAAUUAGAAGAAAUUGAAGAAUCUGACCUUUUGAACAGUAAUCAGAUUGAUUAUAGAUGUUCUCUUAUGACUGAAAUUUUGAUGAUGCUUGAUGAGGAAGAGCUAUUCUGGAAGCAGAGGGCUCAUGAAAAUUGGCUCCUUCAUGGUGAUGGAAAUAAUGAUUAUUUUCAUCGUAUUGCGAAUGGUCGUAGAAGGAAAAACAAUAUUAUUUUUUUUGAAGAUGGAGAUAGGAAAAUUUUUGGGGAUGAGAACAUUUUGCUUCAUGCAACAGAAUACUAUUCUGGUUUGUUUGGUCCUGCUCCUGGAAAUAUGUUCCAAAUUGAUAGGGAGGUUUGGGAUGGACUUGAACAGUUGAAUGAGUUAGACAAUGAUAUGCUUUGUGCUCAUUUCUCUGAGAAAGAGAUUAAAGAGGCUCUCUUUCAGAUGGAAAAAAAUAAAGCUGCUGGUCCUGACAGUAUUCCUGCUGAGUUUUAUCAGAGUUGUUGGGACAUUGUUAAAGGUGAUAUUGUUAGUCUUUUUCAGGACUUUCAUGCUGGGCAUUUGGAUGUUAGUAGACUUAAUUAUGGCAUCAUUACUCUGCUUCCUAAGACCAAAGAAGCUACCAAAAUUCAACAGUAUAGACCUAUCUGUCUUCUUAACUGCUUAUAUAAGUUGAUUACCAAGGUCUUGACCAUAAGAAUUGAACCUUAUGCUCAGAAGUUGAUUAGUGAACAUCAGACUGCAUUUAUCAAAGGGAGAAAUAUUAUGACUGGUGUUAUGAUUCUCCAUGAAAUCAUGCAUGAGACUAAAAAAAGGAAAGAAACUGGUAUUAUUUUGAAAUUGGACUUUGAGAAGGCUUAUGAUAAAGUCAAUUGGGAUUUUUUAUUCCUUAGCCUUCAACAUCGGGGCUUUGGCAAUAAAUGGAUGAUGUGGAUGCAUAUGGUUGUCGAGGGUGGCACUGUUAGUGUGAAAAUAAAUAAUCAAAUUGGUAAAUAUAUUAAGAGCUACAAAGGUGUGCGUCAGGGAGAUCCUCUCUCGCCUAUCCUCUUUAAUUUUGUGGCGGAUAGCCUCGCUAGAAUGAUGGACAAAGCUUGUGCUAAUGGGGUUUUGAAUGGUUUGGGUAGGCAUUUGAUCCCUAAUGGUGUGAUGUUGUUACAAUAUGCCGAUGACACUAUCAUUUGUAUGGAAAAUGAUUUGUCCAAAGCUAGAAAUUUGAAAAUGCUCUUGUACAUUUAUGAAAUGAUGGCAGGAUUAAAAAUCAAUUUUAUGAAAAGUGAAAUUUUUGUGAUCAAUGGGGAUGAUGAUAUUAAGAUGCAUUAUGUGAAUCUCUUUGAUUGCCAAUUGGGCUCUUUCCCCAUGAUGUAUCUUGGGGUCCCUGUUAGUCCUUCCCAUCUGAGAAUUGCAGAUUGGAUAAGGUUGGAAGAAAAAUUUGACAAGAGAUUGGAUAGCUGGAAGGGAAGCUCCCUUUCCAUUGCUGGGAGGAUCACUUUGAUUAAUGCUUGUUUAUCCAAUUCCCCCAUCUAUCAUAUGUCGAUGUAUCUCCUUCCUAGCACCACUAUCAAAAAACUGGAUAUUAAACGGAAAAAAUUUCUGUGGCAAGGUGGAGGAGAUAAAAAGAAAUAUCACCUUGUUAAAUGGGAUAGAGUCUGUGCAAACAGGAAGAAUGGUGGACUUGGUAUUAAAGAUUUGAGAGUCAUGAAUAUUUGCCUUAUGUGCAAAUGGUGGUGGAAACUUGAAUAUGAAAAUGGGAUCUGGCAAGAAAUUGUGAAAAAAAAGUAUAUUCACAGUGACAGUAUCAUGAAUGUUAGUCACAAAUCGUUUGAUUCUCAGGUGUGGCAUGAUCUGUUGAAUAUUAGAGAUCAUUAUGUAAUUGGAAGGAAAAUUAUCACUCGAUCUGGUGAUAAAACCAGAUUUUGGGAGGAUCCUUGGCUUAAUGAGAUUCCUCUAGCUGUGUCUGAACCAGAUUUAUAUGAAAUGUGUAAUGAUAAAUUUAUUCUGGUCCAGCUUGCUAGGGAAAGGAAUGCCCAACUUGACUUUCGUAGAUGGCUGAAUGAUGAUAUCAGAGGUAAUUGGGACAAAAUCAUGGAAAAAUUCCAGGAUUUUGAGUUUCAGGAGACAGAAGAUUAUGUCUCCUGGAAAUGGGGUAAAAAUAAAGAAUUUUCUGUGAAAUCUUUAUAUGAUAACAUUACUAGUAUUACCUAUGGUCCUUAUUUGAAACAUAUUUGGAAAGGAAAAAUACCUCCAAAAAUUAAGGUUUUCAUGUGGUUACUGGAAAAUAAUGUGCUGUUGACCAAAGAAAACAUGGUCAGGAGAAAUUGGAAGGGAAAUUCUUCCUGUGGUUUCUGUGAUGAGUUUGAAUCGACCACCCAUCUUUUUUUCAAUUGUCAUACAGCCAAAUGUGUGUGGGGAAUGGUUGCUAAAUGCUUUAAUUCCACUGUUGUUCCUGGAAAUUUGCAUCAAUGUUGGGUUUGGCUUGAUAAUAAUUUGGGUGAGGCCAAAGAAAUUAGCACUGUUGGUGCUGCUGCCAUCUGUUGGGCAAUUUGGAAAGUCAGGAAUAAUGUUUGCUUUCAAAACAUUGUGGUCAGCUCUCCUGUCGAAAUUGUGUGUCAUGCUUGUGCUUUGAUCUUUA